GAAAGCUAGAAGUGUUAGAAAAGCAUGAACAUGACCAUCCUUUUUAAUCUUCAAGUAAACCACCCAUCUCUUCUUCUCAUCACUUUUCACACAAAAACAAUAAAAUAGAAAAAGACUUGUUCCCCUUUUCCAUUAAUGUUCCACCAAACACUCUACUCUACAAUCCUCAUACAACCACCAUAUUAGAGAGAGAGGAGAGUGAAAGUAGUCUGGUGUUCUGCAAAUCCACAGCGGCCAUGGAUGUUCAGAUCUUUGGCCUGAGAAAGCUGUUGUGUUUUAGUGUGUUUUUGGUGUUUGGGUUAGUGGGCGGUGCUUCAGCAUUGCGCGAAAGGGAAAACCCAUCGAGAAAUCAGUCCGGCGCUCAGAUCAACUCCAACUCGGUGUUGGUGGCGCUUUUGGAUUCGCACUACACGGAGCUGUCGGAGCUGGUGGAGAAGGCGCUUCUUCUCCAGACUCUCGAGGAAGCUGUUUCCCGGCAUAAUAUCACCAUUUUUGCGCCCAGGAAUGAGGCCUUGGAGCGGGAUUUGGAUCCCGAGUUCAAGCGGUUUUUGCUUGAGCCGGGAAAUCUCAGGUCCCUGCAGAAUCUGCUUCUCUUCCACAUGAUUCCCACUCGCAUUGAGUCCAAAAACUGGCCGGUGGAGUCACGGCGGGACGGCCGGAAUCAUCUCACUCUGUGCCGCGACGCCGGCGGGGAGAAUCUCAUUGUAUCGGAGAAGGAAGUGAGCGGCGCGAAGUUUGUUUCCCUAAACGACGUCGUUCGCCCCGACGGCAUCAUCCACGGCAUCGAGCGCGUGCUGAUCCCCAACUCGGUCCAGCAAGCUUUCAACGCGCGGCGGAGCUUGCGGUCAAUCUCCGCCGUCCUCCCCACGGGCGCACCCGAAGUGGACCCCAGGACUCACCGUCUCAAGAAACCCGCGGGCCCUACCCCCGCCGGCUCCCCUCCCGCUCUCCCCAUCUACGACGCCCUGGCCCCCGGCCCUUCCCUAGCUCCCGCCCCCGCCCCGGGCCCCGGUGGCCCCCACCACCACUUCGACGGCGAGAGCCAAGUCAAGGACUUCAUCCAAACCCUCCUACAUUACGGCGGUUACAACGAACUCGCCGAUAUUCUCGUCAACUUAACCUCCUUAGCCUCCGAAAUGGGCCGACUCGUCUCCGAAGGCUAUGUCCUAACCGUCUUAGCUCCCAACGAUGAAGCCAUGGCUAAACUCACCACCGAUCAGCUCAGCGAGCCCGGCGCCCCCGAGCAAAUCAUCUACUACCACCUCAUCCCGGAGUACCAAACCGAGGAAAGCAUGUACAAUGCCGCCCGACGUUUCGGAAAAAUCAGAUACGAUACGCUAAGAUUGCCCCACAAGGUCGUCGCCGAGGAGGCCGACGGGUCGGUCAAAUUCGGGCACGGCGAAGGAUCCGCGUAUUUAUUCGACCCGGAUAUCUACACCGACGGGAGAAUAUCCGUACAGGGAAUCGACGGCGUUCUUUUCCCGCCGGAGCCCACUAAACCUGCGGCUCCUAAAGCUUCCCCUCUCGCUAAGGUUGCCUCAAAGCCAAGAAGAGGCAAGUUGAUGGAAACGGCGUGUAGCAUGAUGGGGUCGUUCUGCCAUUGAAAACCUCGAACUGAAGAAACGAUACAAGCAAAAGACAUGAAAACACAAUGGGCGAGAGCAAACUGUGAGUACUGAAUAGUGCUGCUCAAAGACGCGCUGAAGCAUAGUUUGGUGAGUUUACGAAAGCAAUAGGUUUACAGCAAUCUCCCUGAAUAAAACCGUAGUCUUUAGGCCGAGGGUUGGGUCGGGUUGUGGAUGAAAAGAUGGAGGGAGGGAGGAAUUGAAGCAAUUUCCAUGGAAGAAGCACAGAUUAGAGCCCUUUCUCCUCCUCCCAAGAGUUUGUAGAUGGCAGAGAUGAAUGCAAUUCCUUAUAUCUUCUUGUUACAUACCUGGUAAUAAAAACACUUGUAAUUAAACACAUCAAUUUUUUCAUUUGUAUUUAAAAGUUAAAAGUCUGUCUUGGCCGACACUUCAUUGUAUACACUCAAAAAAAAAAAAAAAAAAAAAACCCUUUCUCCUCAAUCCUCAUCACGGGUGGUGUAUUUUUUAGACUUUUUGUGAGUCCAUUUAAGCUUUCUCAUAAUAUUCUUUUUAUUUGUAUCAUUUUUGCUUGUUCUGUAGUGCCUCGGAUGGAAUUGUAUACAUAUUAUUUAGUGUUUGGCAGUAUUACAAUCA